GCAGGCAGAAGCGCCCUUCGGCUCCGGGCUUGUGGGCGGGGCCUGCGUUUGGAAGGGAGGUAGCUUUCUAGAAGAUGACUAUAGAGGAUCUUCCUGACCUUUCCACAGAAGGAAAUUCAUUGACAAGAAGAUAUCAGUAUUUCAUUCCGGGCUCUGAACGUUCAGUUACCUAUUCCGUUUCUGCUGCACCGAUGCCUUCCGAAUGUGAGUUCUCCUUUUUCGAUCCCAAUGAUGCAGCAUGCCAAGAAAUUCUUUUCAACCCCAAAACAUCUGUGUCUGAACUAUUUGCUAUCUUAAGACAGUGGGUCCCUCAAGUUCAACAGAACAUUCAUAUUAUUGGGAAUGAGAUCAUUAAGAGAGGCUGCAAUGUGAAUGACAGAGAUGGAUUGACUGACAUGACUCUUCUGCAUUACACAUGCAAGUCAGGGGCUCAUGGUAUCGGUGAUGUUGAGACUGCUGCCAAAUUUGCCUCGCAGCUUAUUGACUUGGGUGCAGAUAUCACUCUGAGGAGCCGUUGGACAAAUAUGAAUGCUCUGCACUAUGCUGCUUACUUUGAUGUUCCAGAGCUUAUUAAUGUUCUUUUGAAAAAUGCAAAGCCCAAAGAUGCCGAUGCUACCUGCAGUGACUUUGAUUUUGGAACAGCUUUGCAUAUUGCCGCCUUCAACUGUUGCACAGGUGCCGUAAAAUGUUUAUUGGAACAUGGAGCCAACCCUGCCUUUAGGAAUGACAAAGGGCAGACGCCCGCAGACGUGGUUCCUGACCCAGUCGACAUGCCUCUGGAGAUGGCAGAUACAGCAGCUAGUGCUAAAGAGAUCAGGCAGAUGCUCCUAGAUGCAGUGCCUCUCUCAUGUGACAUUUCCAAGGCCAUGCUUCCAAAUUAUGAUAAUGUUACUGGUAAAACCAUGCUUGAAUCACUCGGUCUGAAGCUGGGAGAUCGAGUCGUCAUUGCUGGACAGAAGAUUGGCACAUUAAAAUUUUGUGGCACAACGGAGUUUGCCAGCGGGCAGUGGGCUGGCAUAGAAUUGGAUGAACCUGAAGGAAAAAACAAUGGAUGUGUUGGAAAAGUUCAGUACUUCAAAUGUGCACCAAAACAUGGUAUCUUUGCACCUCUCUCUAAAAUAAGUAAAGCUUCAGAACGCAAAAAGAAUGCAAGAAUUUCUUCCUCACGACCUUUGCCAGUUGUAAAGUCAAAGAAAAUCGAUGUAAAACAUAUUACUUCCAAAGUGAAUUCUGGCUUAUCUACAGUGAAAAAGGAGACUGCCACAGAAUCCACGUUUUUGGGCAGUGAGGAAGGAAUGAAAAGUCCAACUGGUAAAAAAGCUUCCCUUGGAUCCAGCAGCUCUUCAUCUUCUACUGCCUCUUUGGACGGCAAGCAGAAUUGCCCCAAGAAAUGGAAUCCCACAAGUAACAGUAGGAAAGAAGACUUCAAAGCCCGUUCCGUUGCAUCUAAAGUCAGCACUCGAGGAAAUAGUACCUUUCCAUCCACAAGAAGGAAUCCUUUUGUUGAGGGAGAAAUUCAGAUUGGAGACAGAGUGCUGGUAGUAGGGCAGAGGACUGGAAUAGUUAGAUUCUAUGGGACAACAAAGUUCGCACCAGGGUUUUGGUGUGGAAUAGAACUGGACAAGCCUCAUGGCAAGAACGAUGGUUCGGUUGCAGGUGUGCAAUACUUCAGCUGCCUCCCCAGAUACGGGGUCUUUGCACCGCCGUCCAGAGUGCAGAGGUUAACAGGAUCGCUAGAUUCUCUGACAGAUGCUUCAUCAAGUAAAAUGAAUCAUUCUUUCCCUGGUAUCCGACGAAGUUUCAGUACAACUUCUGCGUCUUCCCAAAAGGAGAUAAACAGGAGAAAUUCCUUUGUCAAGUCAAAAAACUCUGCCCUGCGGCGCAGUUGGAGCAACACCACAACAGUUAGUGCUGAGGCUCCCGUGAAGCUGCACGAGGGUUCCCAGGUCCUCCUAACCAGUUCCAGCGAGAUGGGCAUAAUUCGCUACAUUGGUCCUGCCGACUUUGCCCCAGGGGUCUGGCUCGGUCUGGAACUGCGGAGCGCCAAGGGCAAGAACGACGGCUCGGUGGGGGACAAGCGGUAUUUCACCUGCAAGCCAAAUUACGGAGUCUUGGUGCGGCCCAGCAGAGUAACGUAUCGUGGGAUCAAUGGGGCGAAACUUGUGGACGACAUCUGCUGAAGCAUAACGCUCUGGCUUUGAGAGGAGAGUCUGUGAAAUAAAGCGCACAAGGGAA